AUGAAUUGUUGCUCAGCAAUGGCGUCCCUUCUCAAAGCACCUUUCUUUAUUUCCCCUCUGAACCAAAAGUUGAAUUAUGUUAGCCUUUCUCCCACAACCACAAACCUGCAAUCCAAAUUUUAUAAUGUUAGUGUCAGAAAUGGGAGAUGGCAUGUUCCUGGCAUGACUAUAAAAGCUCAGGCCGGUGUUGAAGGGGAUGUACUUGACAAAGAAUCAGUCUCUAUCAAUGAAGCAAGUGAUUAUGGGGUGGUUAGUAUGCACCAUGUUGGAAUUUUAUGUGAAUGUCUAGAAAGAUCCCUUGACUUUUAUCAAAACAUUCUAGGCCUCAAGAUAAAUGAAGCAAGGCCACAUGAUAAGCUUCCAUACAGGGGUGCUUGGUUAUGGGUAGGCUCUGAGAUGAUUCAUUUGAUGGAGCUUCCAAAUCCUGACCCUUUAACUGGACGACCGCAACAUGGUGGUCGAGAUCGUCACACGUGUAUCGCAAUCCGGGAUGUUUCUAAGCUGAAAGAAAUCCUUGAUAAAGCUGGUAUUCCCUACACACUUAGUCGUUCCGGGAGACCGGCAAUCUUUACACGUGAUCCUGAUGCAAAUGCUCUAGAAUUUACGCAAGUAGAUGAUUGA